AACACCGCUAAAACAUAAACUGCAUGCUCUUACUAUGAGUUAACUCCGUUAAUUUGAAAAACGUGCAGCUCACUAGCGUUAAAAAUGACAGAAAAGGUAGAAAACAAAAACGAAAUUAGAGAAUUGUCAAUUCAAACCACAUUUGGCGAAGCAGAGGACCACCCAGCAUGCAAGGAAGAAAAAACAGUCCUAUUAAAUUCAUAUUUUAUGGAUAUAUUUUCGUCAUCCGGCUACAGUCGUCUUAAAAAGGGGAAAAGGGCGUCGACAGAGCCCAAUUUAUCAGCCAAACCCCACUUUUACAACCACCACUUGCAAACCGGAUUCUACUAUCCAGGCGUUCUAUCCCAGCACGACCAGACAUCUCAUUACUCCAGUGACGACUGUGACCCAGUGGACGCGAGAGGAGGGAGAGGGAGAUUGUGUGUCAGUUGUGGUGUGGAUUUGAAACCCAAAGGGUAUCUGGAAAAACUACAACAGGAGAUGGAAACUAUUGACAAUCUGUCUAAAUUUAACCCUCUUCGCAUGCGAGCGAGGCUGGAGGAAAAGACCGGGGAAUUCAAAUUACACCACCAGUACAGAAUCAGAACAGCCAUCAUCAUAUUAGUCAUUUUCUCUCUUCUUCUUCUGUCUGUUGUUUUAAUUCACACUUUGUUCAAUGGAGUUCCAUGUGAAAACAAAAGUCAUCUGCAGUGUCCUCCUGUUGAUUCGCCAUACCAUGUGCAUGAUAGUGGAUUGAACACGCCACUGUGUUGUGGAAUAGAGGAACACAUGACUCUUUCAUAG